GCCCGGCCUUAUAAAGGGGGCGCCGCCCCGCCGGGCCAGAGCAGAGAUGCGGUGGCGCCUGGUCCCCUGGACGGCGGUCUGGGGCGGCUGCGCCUUCCUGGCGUGCCUGGCGUUGGAUCCGCAGGGCCCGAGCUGCUCUGCCACGGAGUACCUGGAAGGGGGAAGGUGCUGCCAAAAAUGUGGCCCAGGCACCAAGGUGAAGGCGCUUUGCUCCAAGAGCUCUGAGACGCAGUGCGUAGCCUGCGAGGCUCAGCACUUCCAGGCCGGCUGGACCAAGGAGAAGCACUGCACACCACAGGCCUAUUGCGACAAGAAUGCCGGUUUUCUUGUGUUCACGGAAGGGGACGCCACGCGGAACGUCGUCUGCCGCUGUCGGAAUGGCACCCACUGCUCCAGCCCGGAGUGCCUGACCUGCCGGGUGAACCGAGUGUGCCCAGCGGGCGAAGGCGUCCAGCGCGAAGCCAGCCACCUGAACGACACGGUCUGCGUGGCAUGCCCUCCUGGCUCCUUCUCCAACAUCUCUUCUGCCACAGCUCGAUGCCAACCUUGGAGCAGCUGUGUGGACAGAAAGACGGUCCGGGUGGCAAACGGGACCCACAUUUCGGAUGUGGUUUGCGGGGUGUGCCCUGGUUGCCCUGGCGGUGGGGGGGUUUCAUGUGGCUCCUUUCCUGCACCCUCCCACAGGUGUCCUGCCGACACAGCCCCCCCAGGAAGAAGCCAGAAGGACCCACAUACUGCUGGUAGUUCCCCUGGUGGCCCUCUUUGGGCUGCUGGCGGGGGCCCUGUUCCUCUUCUGCCGCCACCAUCGGCGUCGCCAGGAUCUCUGGAAGCCUCGCCUGAAUCAGCCAGAGGCCCCCUUUGACCAGCAGGAACCUGAGGAGGUAGAGGACCCUCCCUUUCCCACUCAAGAGACGCUGCUUGGGGGCCAGCCUGUGGCCCAGGAAGAUGGCAAGGAGAGCUGCCUAGCUGAGCAGGAGCAGAGCUGAGCCCCCCCUCACUCUGCCUCUGUCGUGUCUGCCCCCCACCGCUGGACUCUGCCCACGCCGCCUGCUGGCUCUGGUUGCUUCCCUGCAGGACCCCCCCCUCCUCCUCCUCCUCUUGCAGGGCUUUGUCCUGUCCUGGACCCCUCUCAAAAUCAGGGUGGGUGGGGGUUGCCCUGGUGGGGGUGGAGAGGGCCUGCCUGCCAGAAAGUGGGAGGCAGGAGGCGAGGGGUGGGGUGGCAUCGCAGGGGGUUGGACUAGAUGACCCUCGGGGGCCCUCCCUUCCAACUGUGAUUCUAGGGCAGCAAAGCCCCCCUUUGCCCUUGGCAUGCUUCUGUUGCAGCUUCCACCUGGUGGUGAGCCAAAGGGUUCCUUGGAGCUGAGCAGAACCUCCAAACCCUGAACCUCUAACCAUCGAGGGGCUUCUGUGCAGCAGUUGAAUAAACUCCCGGUUUGGGGGGAAAGCUGUGUGUUCCCCGCCAACCAGGAAUUCUUCCUAGUACCCCAAGACACUGGUCUCACCCCCCCACUUUCUCCUGUUCCACAGCGGAAGGAACUCUCCUUCCCUGGAGGGUUUUAAGCAGAGGCUGAGUGGCCACCUGUCAGGAAUACUUUUGCCGAGAUUCCUGCAUUGCAAGGGGGUGGACUGGAUGACCCUUGGGGGUCUCAGACACUCUCUCAGACAGCAGCUUCAAUGGGCUUUGCCCUCUCUUAGGUGGGGGGGGGCAGACUGGACUGCUGGGGGAGUGGCCUGAGCCUUGCAGAGUGGCCUUCUCCAGCAGAGGUCGGCAGUGUAGGGGAAGCAGCCCCAAAGAUACGGGGUGUGGGGUGCAUUGGGUUCACAGCCCUCUGCCUCUCUGGGUGCUACUGGAGCCACGCUCUGGGCUGGUUGUCCUGAGCGGCAAAGGUGUCACUUUAAACAGAGUCUAAAUUCAUGGUUUUUAUAGGAACCAUUUUUUAUAAGCCAUUUUUAAUAUGAUUGUGUUGGAGACGUUUCCUGUUCUCUUCCAGCCACAGAGAGUUGGGGAGAAUAACUUGUUUGUACAAUUCCUCCAUCUUCUCUUCCCUGCAAAAAAAAAAUCAAAACAUUUUAUUGUUUUGACUUAUUCAUAUCAGAAGCAGCAAUCCAUACUCAACAAGCCCACCCCAAUUUCUGUACCUGCCAUGUCAAUCUACGUGGGUCGAACCACCUCCACCCUCAAAGGGAAAGAGACUGCCCUUCUCAUUUCCUCCCAGAAAUUGAAUCGUCUUUUGAGCACCCAUCUACCCGACUUGCCUUGUGUGGGGGUCUUCAGUUUGGGGUCUCCUGCCUGGGGGUGGGGGGUGGGCUUUGGGUUCCUGCCUGGCCAGGAGAGGCCAAAGGGUGACCCAGACGCCUCUUGCUCCUUGCGGUGGCCAGUCAGAAUGCCUCUUCAUAGAAUCGUAGAAUUGGAAGGGACCCCAAGGGACAUCUAGUCCAACCUCCUCAAGCCCCCUAACAGGGCAUCAGUGAUGUAGCGUGGGUUGCCAGUGACCGGGCCAAGGCAAUUGUGUUUGGCACUGCCUGCCGAUAGGCUGGAAUGUAGGGGCAAUAGUUUGGCGGUUGCCAAGUGGCACCCUGCGAGCGUCGAGCAGGACGGGGGAUUGGCCGGGAUCUUUCUAAAGCCCUGCAGAGGGCAUCCUGGCAACUGGCCAUCACCUAUGUGAAGACUGGGAUACAGUAUUUUCUGUGUGAGGGGGAGGGUGCACUCUUUUUUAUUGCAACUUACUUUUUUUUCCUUUGGAAAUUUUGUGCACCUAAGAAUUUUGCACCCAGGGCAGCCGUCCCUGUGACUUUGCCCAUGCUAUGCCACUGCAGGUCAACUGUUGCCCCAGCAGCUGCGCCUGGUCCGUCACUCCCUCCUAGCCACUGGCAGGAGGGUCGUUUUCCCUGAAUCUGCCCAAGGGUUGCUGCUUGCGCUCUGUCUGGUGGAGCCAGGUGAGCUGUAACCUACCUGCCUGCUGGGGCAACGGAUAGGGAGGAGAAGGAACCUUUUGAACACACUGGAAGGUGGGGGAAUCCAUGGCUUGGACUAGACCACUCUUUGGGGUCCCUUCCAAUUCUACGAUUCUCUUGAUUCAUUGGAGGUUUUUAAAGGUUGGGUGGCCCCCUGUCAGGGAAACUCUGAUUCCUGCAGUGCAGGGGGCUGGACUAGAUGACCGCUGGGGAUACCACCCAACAGUGCAAUUCUGUGGGGUGUGUUCUUUUUUUCCUGUAUUUAUUUUCCAGACUUCUUCAAUUAGGAAUUACCUGUGUGUUUGUUAAUAAAUCUGGAUUUUAUUAUUA